AUGCAGUUCUUCGUCUUGACAACGAUCGCACUGCUCUCGAGCGCUGGUCUUGCUUCUCCACGUGUAGAAGAGAUCACCUCACUCUGCACCAAGGUGCCAUCUAGCUAUGAAGAUUGCGGAUACGCCAAUAGCACCUCUUCGACACGCAGGACAACCAUCUCGAGCAGUAUCGCAAAGCCCACCAGCACGACAGCUUCAUCCACAGGCGUUUCGGCGAUCACCACACCUACCUUGCCCAUCACCGUGGUCGCUGUUCGUGGCGAAUCCCCUGUUGAUUACCUCCGCAUGAAUGCUGCCGGCCUGCGCUUCUGGCUUGGAAUCGAAACCCUGACGUACUGCCCGGUCGAGGUGGACCAGGUUGGAGGAUGUCCGCCCGGCAACGAAACUGUCUUCUCUCUCUGCAGCAUGGCAGUCGUUGUUGCCGGUGGUCAACAAAUCUACGUGACGCGAAACGGAGAAAUUGGAUACACUGAGGCUCACUCUGCGUUCAGACCGGCGGGAUCCGUUCUCUGUCCGUUCCGAUACCAAAAGAAUGCACAAGCUCCUUUCGGCCGGCUCACCAUCGAUGCUUUUGGGUCGGAUGGCUUCAUGGCAUGUCCAACUGAGGAGUCGGGCAUAUGGCAGGUGUUCGCAAACAUGGCAAAUGCGACUGUGCCUCGUGGAAAUGUAUCCCAGUGUCUGGGGGUUGAUGCCAUUGCUAUCGACAGCUCUCAGCUCUUUGCGGCCUGGCAAUACACCUGA